AUGACACCGUUUUGGAUCUCUUUUUUUCAGAAUAUUCCAUACCGUAGUAAAUUGACGGAGAAAAUCGAGCCAGGUCAAACGCUGAUCAUUCGUGGGAGAACCGCAGAAGAUGCUAAGAGGUUCAACAUUAAUCUCCACAAAGACAGUCCAGACUUUAGCGGAAACGAUGUACCGCUGCACGUAAGUGUACGAUUCGACGAGGGAAAGCUCGUGUUCAAUUCGUACACGAAAGGAGCUUGGGGUAAAGAAGAACGGCAGAAGAAUCCCUUGAAAAAAGGCGACGGAUUCGACAUUCGAAUUCGAGCACACGACAACAAGUUCACCAUCUGCGUUAAUCGCAAAGAAGUGAAAUCAUUCGAACAUCGCGUUCCACUGCAGCACGUCACCCAUCUGAGCAUUGACGGCGAUGUGGUGCUGAACCACGUGCAGUGGGGUGGCAAGUACUACCCGGUCCCAUAUGAGUCGGGCAUCACUGAGCAUGGCCUCAUUCCCGGGAAAACGCUCGUCGUUUAUGGGACGCCAGAAAAGAAGGCUAAGAAAUUCAACAUAAAUCUGCUGAAGAAAAACGGCGACAUUGCUCUGCAUUUCAAUCCCCGAUUCGACGAAAAGGCAAAGGGUUUCAUCUGCGGCAAAAUCAAGCCAGGCUGCGUGGUCAGAAAUUCGCUUGUCAAUGGAGAGUGGGGAAAUGAGGAACGUGAAGGCAAGAAUCCUUUCGAAAAAGGUGUAGGCUUCGAUCUGGAAAUCAAAAAUGAGGAGUAUGCAUUUCAGAUUUUUGUGAACGGCGAGCGGUUCGCAUCGUACGCCCACCGUAUUGACCCGCACGAAGUUGGUGGUCUUCAGAUCCAGGGCGACAUCGAGUUGACCGGCAUUCAGCUCGUGGGCAACUGA